CUUUAACUAGUUGCAACUUUAUUGCAAGCCAGUCAUUUCCCUCUUUGCAAUUUUUCGCAAUUAUUAUAAUUAAAUGCAGCCGUAUAGUGAGAAAGAACUUGUUUUUUCAAUGACGAUUUUGCCCCCCGGGCGUUUGGAAGCGCCCGCUAAUUUGAUCGCGUGGCCAAGGUUAAUGGCACCUGUAGGCAUUCACUUUCAGAAAAAUGCGCAGCCUUCGCUGAAGGUUGUGAAGGCUGCGUUCGCAGGUCGGAGGCGAUGUGUCCCCCAGUGGCCUGCGGAGACUGGACUCGGGCGCACCCGCCGGGGAGGAGCGAUUGGCCACCCGCGCACACCCGCUCAUCCUAGAGGGGCUUGGAGGACCCGGAGCCGAGUGGCGUCGGGGGAGGUCGGAGCCGGAGGGACGCGAGUCCGCUCGGCUCCCAGCAGCGGGCUUGGGCAGCCGAGAGGCAGCGAAGCAAAGGCCAGGAGACCCGCACAGAGCAGAAGCCCACAGCCGAGCUGGGGGGUCACCGUCCCCGGCGGCCCCGAGCUGACCCGGUCCAGCCCCAUCAGGCCCCGCCCGGCCUGCCCCCACCUCCCCCCCACCCCGCCCCGAGACUGUGUGCUUUGCCCGGUGUUAAGUUUCAGAAGUCAGGAUGGAACGUUUCGGGUUUCUGUUCACACGGUUAUUGCAGGCGCCGCGGUGGGGACCGCACAAAAGAGACGAGGGUUUGUGGGGAAGGGGUUGUGUGGUUUAACGAGGGCUUAACCCGCGGACUGCAGGUCCUUCUCGCUCUCCGCCUGCCCAGCUCCCGCCCGGGAUCGGCCUUCUCAAGUCGCGUCCCUUCCCUUUCUCCUCCCCGCCCCGCGCCGGUCUUGUGUGAGGAAAGAGAAUGCAGUGUGAGAGGGACACCCUAAGCAGAUCCCCAGAAAAAUAAGAAUCCGUCCGUGGCGCAGGCUUCUGGCGAUUGACUGACGCCUCUUUCUCAGAGGCUUUUCCGCACUUAGCACAGAGCUGCCGGACGCGGUGACUGCAGUCUCGGCUUGACCCGGACCGACCCGGCGCCCGCCUCCCGGUAUCGCGGCGGCCGGGCUGGCAAACCGACUCCGGCUGCCCUCGCAGACACAUCCGCGUAGCCGCCGGUUCCAGAGAUACUACUUCAGAUCAUGGAGAGAAAGAGCAGCUUGAAAACGUUUGAGGGCCCAUCUAGAAUGGGAUUCUAAUUAACUCUACCGCUGUGACUACCCAAACCAGGGAGUGUGGAGAAUUGCAACUAUCUGGAUCAUCCAAGCCCGAAAAACUCGAACUUGGAAAAACUACUAAACGUGUCCUAAAAUACCCGCAUCAUUGCUCUAGUCCUUCCUGUCACCAGAGUAGACACAACUCCGA